AUGAAUAAAGUACUUGAAGUUCUAGAUGUAGAAUAUUUAGAUAGUUCAAGUGCUGAUAGUGCUAUAGCUGCUCCACCACCGAGUCCUCUUCCACAUUUUCUCUAUCAACUUCUUACAGAAGCACCACCGUCACCUCUUCCAGAAAUUCUUCCAAUGUCUGAUCGUGAUGCAGCAGAUGGUUUCGUUCAUUUAGCCAGAGCAAUUAAUAUUCUUCCACUUGCAAUGAAGAAUUAUAAUUAUACAGUUCAAUUAUGGGUGUUUAAAUUAGAUUAUCAAUGGAUGAUAAAAAAUGGAUAUGACGUUAAAUGGGAAUGGUCAACGAGUAAUUCAACGAUCUAUCCUCAUCUAUAUGGAAAUACAACAAAAAAAAUGAUUCUCGACGAAAGAACAUGGACAAGACAACUAAAUGAAGAAUGGAAUGCAACAAGCAUCGCUGAAGAUACAUGGCUAACAGACGGUAGCUCCCGUUUAGCAGAGCAAAUGACACUAUUUUUCCCAUUGAUUUUGUUAUUUUUGACCUCUUUCAUAUACACAUGA